AUGACUGACAGUGGCAAGUGCGCGUUCGUAUUGGGCAUCGAGCUGGUGAACAACAUCGACGGUAGUGUGACAAUGUGUCAGCGACGAUACGUGGACGAUGUUCUCAAGCGUUUUGGCAUGAGUGAUUGCAAGGCCGUCAUCAGUCCAACGGAUAUCAGUUCUCGACUCACACCAAGCGACGCAGCAUCCAAGAACAACGCUCCGUCUCGUGAAGCAGUAGGUGCUUUGAUGCACUUAAUGACCGCGAAAAGACCGGACAUUGCUUUUGUUGUGGGCUACGUUUCGCGUUCCAUGGAGAACCCCAAGUCGAGCAUUGGAUGGCAGUCAAGCGAAUUCUUCGUUAUCUACAAGAAACCAAGUCACACGGCAUCUUCGUUAAACCCGACAACAAGGUGGAUUUAUGUGGCGACUCGGAUGCAGACUAGCCCAGUGAUCAUGAAGACCGCAAGUCGACUUCAGAAUAUGCGUCUAUCCUGA